AUGGAUUCCGUCAUGGAGGAUGCUCCUGCUCUAAAACCACUGGAAGAAGAAGGAAACAUCUCGUCAUCAAGUGCAAGUGCUGCUCUUGCAAACGACAACGACGAAAGCAAGCCAAUCUUGGAAGUAACCACCAGGAAUGGAGAGAAUUAUAGAGUCAAUGACCAUGUCUAUUUGGCAAGCGAACUACCUCAGGAACCCUUCUUGACGGGUCGCAUCAUGGAGUUUGUGCAAGCCAAGGCCUCAAACGCCAUGAUGGUUCGAGUCGGAUGGUUUUAUCGUCCUCGGGACGUUAUAUUCGGUGGAAGAAGAAAGCACUAUGAUGCAAAGUUGCUGGUUGCAAGUCAGCACUCUGACUUGAAUCCUGUCGCCUCCAUUCGCGGAAUAUGCCAAAUACGACAUUUAAAUCAUAUACCCGAUUUGGAAAAGUUCAAGGCUCAGGACGAUUGCUUUUAUUUCCAUCAGCUAUAUGAUCGAUACACACAUAGAUUAUACGAUGUCGUACCCGUCGAAGAGUGCCAACACCUACCUCCAUCUGUACAAGAAAAACUCAUCGACGUACCAUACAUCCUAGUAGAAGCAGGCAAAGCAAACUUCUUCACCGACCGAAGAGCAUGUCAAGCAUGCUCCAAAUGGUGUGAGACAUCCGAUUGCAUACGAUGUGCUCAUUGUGGUGAAUCAUACCACUUGGUCUGUCUCGAAAUGGAACGUAAAUUGCCUAAAGGUUUUGCUUGGCAAUGUCAUAAAUGUCUGAGAGCUGCCAAGCUUGCCAAGAACGGUAGUGUUUCGGGGAAUGCUACAGAUGACACUGUUACGACAGUGACGAGUACAUCUGCUGCUUCGUCAGUGCCGGCGUCACCGGUAUUGAGGAAUGGAUUGUCGAAUCAUCUUGAUACCGCAGAGUAUAUGUUGCCUGCCAAUGGUAUUGAUUCCGCGACGUCAACAUCAUCGACACCCAAGAAACCAGUCACACCAUACAAACAUAUAUGGCCAUUUCAUUAUCUUGGUGAUUAUAGUCGGUUAGAAGCAACUGAUGACGAUGAACAAGACAAAGGCUUUCCAAAAGCUCGAUCGAGAGUUGGUAAAGGAUAUCAAGCUGAAAUACCAACUUUUGGUGACGAGGCUGAAACUGAAGAAGAGACAUCACGUUCAGCACCUCAACGUGGUGGAUAUCGGAGGAAAAAGCAGGCACCAAAGAAGGUCAUGCAAGAUGACGUCGAUUCAACAGUAGAGAGAGGGAUAUCCGAUGUGAGGAUAUUCAUGCCAGACAAGUUACCUUCAGAUGAAUUGGACACAUAUCUACAAGAAGCCGUCAAACUCUUUCCAAAAUCCACAGACCCAGCAUCGCCGGAUGCCAUCCAUCCAAAAUCAAUGGAUGUAGCAGAUCGAGCCCUGGAAGUCCUUCAUCGUAGCAACUGGAUACCCAAGGAUGCACUCAAAAUCAUGUCAAAGUUGACAUUGGCUGAUGUGCGAGUUGCAGAUUGGUCUGAGGAAGAAGUUAAAAAGUUUGAGGAUGGGAUUGUGAAAUAUGGACAUGACUUGCAUUGGAUUCAGAAAGAGGUUUGGACAAAGACCAUGAAGGAGGUGGUGAUUUUUUUCUACAAAUGGAAGAGGUCUGAACGAUAUCGACCAGUGUACUCUCAAUUCUGUGAAAAGUAUCGUCCUGGCAAAGUAUUCAAGGACUUGCAAAGACGAGUACCACCCUCAGAGGUUGAAGAAGAAGACAGAGCAGACGCAUCCAGUGAAGGGUCAAGUGACUUGUCUGAACUCUCUGUAUCCGAUUCAGACGAUGACGACGAGAAAAGGGCAGCACGAAAACUCAGGGAGUGCUCCAACUGCCUCACUCAUAAAUCAAUGAAGUGGAGGGUUCGACAAUUGUAUGGUCGAAGUGAAAUGAUGUGCUCUGAAUGUACAGACUACUGGUUGAAAUAUGCUGGCACUCGUCCUGUGACUGAGACUGUAAAGAAGCAUAAUCGAGAGAAAUAUGCACCAGCACCCAAACCUCUACCGGCCAUAAUAAUCAAACCAAUACAAGCACCCACACCGAAACGAAAACGGGAAGACGAACCUCUACAGCCAGUACAACAGCAACAACAAGCAGCACCGCCAAUGCCAGCUAUACCAAAGAUUACUGUAAAGAAACCUAAACCGCCACCUGCGAAGGUUGAGCCACCUAAACCCAUAUCGCUUGUACCAGAUAGUGUAUUGGAAGAACCAACAGAUCCACCACCAGCUCAGCCAGUGCCAUGUGGUGUAUGUCGAGAAUGGAGCAAUCAUCCAAAUAAUCCUUUGGUGGCUUGUAUAAAGUGUCAUCUUCGAGUUCAUCCUUCAUGCUACGGUAUACCAGACAAUCAUAUAGUCCCAGCAUUACAAAGAUGGGCAUGUUCUCGAUGUAUGAAUAAUGCCAAUCCAGAUUCAUCUCUGAACUAUACAUGUGUCAUGUGCCCAACACAAUUGAAUGCAUUCGAUUGUGCAAUCAAGAAGACGAUUGGAAAGAAUUGGGUGCAUGUUGCUUGUGCUGUCUGGACUCCUGAGGUGCGGUUUUCCAAUUUGGUGGCUAUGGAACCUAUUGAGGGUGUUGGGUUGGUUGAUAGGAGCCGUUGGAAUCAGCCUUGUGUGAUUUGUCAUCAGCAUUAUGGAACAUGCGUGACAUGCUUUGAACCUGGAUGUACAAAGUCGUUUCAUGUAACGUGUGGUCAAAUUGCUGGAUUUGACUUGACGUUUGAAGAGGAACGUCGAGCUGCUAAUGGUGGUACGGCACCUGUUACUAAACGUCAGCUGCAUGCUGAAGUCUAUUGUAAUGAGCAUCGAAGGAAUCCUUACAUUAAUUUCUCACUACCAUCAUCGACGCUACCCACACUACCGUAUAAUGCUAAUGCACCUCCAGAAACUCGCUCGACGAUGCUCAAAGAGUACGUCAUGGCCAAUAAAGGAGGUAAAUCCGAAGGAACACUAGGACAGCGACGUGCUCUGGCAUCCGCAGUUCGAGCGCAAUGUACAUGUCACUUGGUUACUGGACCACAUACCCACAACAACGUGAACAGCAACGGAACAGAACCGUCAACUACAUCGCAGGCCACACCAGCUAUAGAGAGUCUACCACCACCCAUCCCCAUAACGAUGGGAGUAUCAGCACCAGAUCCGGUAGGAGGUAGACGUACAUGUAUUAGAUGUGAGACGGGCAUCAGUCCCAUAUGGUGGAUGGAAGAAGAAGCUCUAAACCCAGGCUCUGAUUUAAUCGAGUAUCGACCUGAUGGACCGAUACCUAGUGGCAAGCGAGUUUGUCAUACUUGCUAUUGGAAGAUACGAGAUGAGCUUGCUCUGAAGGAUGGUGGCAGCAAAAAUAAUAGUAACAACAACAAGAUGAAAAAUAAGAUUGUUAUUGCUAUUGCACCCGUAACGGCAACAUUGACAGCUACAACCGAAAUAGUAACACCAGCACCAGCAGCUACAACACAACCUGAACAGGCUAUUAUGGCAUCCUCAUCUUCAUUGUCAUCAGCUAAUAAUGCUAUGGAAGUAGAACGGUAA